CAAUAACCUGUGGCACAGCUGCGCCAAAAUCACAACAGUUAAGUUACAUUCUACUUUUGGAGAAUUAUCAACACGUAUGAGUGACGGGGUAUUCAAGGUAUGACAAGAAAAGGCUAUGGGAGUACACAAGACACAAAAAGACUGUGACCCCUGACCUGGUGCGUACAUUCAGAGUGCAACGUGGCGUCAAAAUAACACGCACAGCACAGCAAUAAAAGUUGACAACACGAUUCAUGGUGGGAACUUCGAACGCUCGUCAUGUUUAUUGGAUGACAUCACCACCAGCUAAUCUGUAUAAAUACAGGAGGGUCAAGCUCCGUCAGCCUUGCUAACCAAUCAGUCGCUGGGUGUGUCUUUUUCCAUUCCACCAUGAGGGUCUUUCUCAUUAUCGUCACCCUGGCAGUCAUCUCCGGAUGCCAGGCCAGGAGUGUUGUCCAGGAUGAAUUCACCACACCGUGGGAGGCCGCUGUGGAGAACUUUAAGAACUACAUGACAGCUCUCAACGAGAAGGCUGAUGGGAUGGUGAAGGACAUCAAGAGCUCCCAGAUAAAAAGAGAACUGGACACCCUGAUCCAAGACAGCAUGGCUGAGCUGGACGCGUACAGGGAAGACCUGGAGAUCAAGCUGGCCCCGUACACGCAGGAAACUGCCAAGCGGCUGGGCAGUGAACUUCGCGGUCUGGCUGAGCACCUCUACGACCACAUGAUCAUGUACAGGGACCAGAUGGAGACGUACUCUCAGGAGCUGAACACCUUGGUGAAGCAGAACGCUGAUGACAUCCGACUCAAGGUCAGCGCCUACACCCGCAAGAUGAAGAAACGCCUCAGCAAGGACACCAUGGAGAUUAAAACACAUGUUGCCACCUAUUUUGAGAAGCUUCAGGCCCGCACCUCAAACAACAUGGAGGACUUGAGGGUACGCCUGCAACCUUAUUUUGCUCAAGUGCGUGACAACACCCAGGCGAAGAUCACCACCCUGAAUGACCUGCUGAAGGCCCAGGUGGAGAGCAUGAAGGACCAGAUUCAGAGCACGGCCGAUGACAUCAAGGAAAGCUAUGAGAAGACAUCUGAGAACCUGCGCUCCACCCUGCAGGACAAGAUGGAGGAGCUUCGCAGUUGGUUUCAACCAUUUGUCUCCAUGAUCACUGAAAAUAUGUAAACCACAAGUCUGAAUAAAAUGACCUCUUGUGAAGAAGUUUACAAAUAAAAAUA